AUCAGAGUCCAUCCUUACAUCAGGCUCCCCAUCAGAGUGCCCCUUUACAUCAGGGUGCCCAUAAGAGUUCCCCCUUACAUCAGGGUCCCAAUCAGAGUGCCUCCUUACAUCAGGGUCUACAUCAGAGUCCAUCCUUACAUCAAGUUCCCCAUCAGAGUGCUCCCUUACAUCAAGGUCUCCAUCAGAGUGCUCCCUUACAUCAGGGUCCCCAUAAGAGUCCCCCCUUACAUCAGGGUCUCCAUCAGAGUCCACCCUUACAUCAGGGUCCCCAUCAGAGUGCUCCCUUACAUCAGGGUCCCCAUCAGAGUCCCCCCUUACAUUAGAAUCCCCAUCAGAGUGCCCCCUUUCACCAGGGUCCCCAUCAGAGUCCCACCUUACAUCAGGGUCCCCAUCAGAGUGUCCCUUACAUUAGGGUCCCCAUCAGAGUCCCCCUUUACAUCAGGGUCCCCAUAAGAGUCCCCCUUUACAUCAGGGUCCCCAUCAGAGUCCCCCUUUACAUCAGGGUCCCCAUAAGAGUCCCCGUUUACAUCAG